AUGGCCCUAGCCGCAGGCUUCGCCUCUGUCGCCAUCGGCAUCUACUUUGCGCCCAAGGUCUCAUUUGACUCGACCACGACUGUCAUGGGCAACUUCAAGCCAUCCAUCGAAACGCUGCCCCGCAAGCCGGAACCAGAGUUUCUCGACACGAGAGAUGCUUCACUCCCACGAUAUCGAUUGUCCGAGGUCAAGGAACAUGACGGUAAUUCGGAGCGGCCCUGGGUAAUUCAUGGCGACAAAGUCUACGACAUUACAGAAUGGGUUUCGGCCCACCCUGGUGGCUCUGUCAUCUUGAGGGCAGCUGGCGGCUCUAUUGAACCGUACUGGAAUAUUUUUGCCAUUCACAAGAACCAAUACGUAUACGACAUUCUGCAGCAAUACUUGAUUGGUUUCGUGCACCCGGCCGACCUAAAAGACGGAAAACCGCCCCAAGACGCUAUCGAAGACCCCUUUGCCGACGAUCCCAUUCGCCAUCCCGACCUCAUUACAAAGACUGCCAAACCGCGCAAUGCUGAAACGCCAGACGAGGCCAUGAGCGCACAGUUUCUGACCCCAAACGAACUCUUCUAUGUCCGCAACCACAUGUGGGUGCCCCGUAUCGCAGAAGACGAGGCGGACAACCAUCUGCUAUCCAUCGAGUUGCUCGACGGCAGCGUCAAGGAAUAUACGCUAUCCGAUCUCAAAUCAAAAUUUCCCAAGCACCAAGUUACGGCAGUUUUACAAUGCUCUGGUAAUCGCCGGAAACACAUGUCGGAUGGGUCCGGGCGUGCGACAAAUGGUCUUCAAUGGACAGCCGGGGCCAUUUCAAACGCAAGCUGGGAGGGCGUUCUUCUCGCCGACGUGCUCCGCGACGCCGGGUUCGAGAAUGAUCAGGGCAUGAGCGGAACCAGCGAAGUGAAGCACGUCCAGUUCAACGGCAUGGAAGCCUACGGCGCGUCGAUUCCCAUUCGCAAAGCUGUCGAUCCCCAGGGCGACGUUCUUCUAGCCUACGGCAUGAACGGCAAACCGCUGCCGCGCGAUCACGGCUAUCCAUUGCGUGCCAUUGUGCCCGGCCACGUCGCCGCGCGAUCCGUCAAGUGGCUCAAUCAGAUCACGCUAAGCGAGGACGAGAGCACGAGCCAAUGGCAGCGUAAAGACUACAAGUGCUUCGGCCCCAACCAGACCGAGGUCGACUGGGACAAAGCGCCAGCCAUUCAGGAACUGCCAGUGCAGAGCGCCAUUACCGCGCUCAAACUCGGCGACUGGGUCAAGGAGCCUGCCGAUGCCGCCGACGCCAGCCAGGACGAGCCCGCCGCAGCUACCGCCGACGCGCGGAAGCUGACAGUCAGCGGCUACGCCUAUUCCGGAGGCGGUCGCUCCAUCAUCCGCGUCGACGUCUCCGUCGAUGCUGGCCGCAACUGGACUCAAGCUUACCUCCUCCCCGACUGCGACCCCAAGCCCGACGCGCCGUCUCUCUGCCAUGGCCACGCCGCGUGGGCCUGGAAGCGCUGGAUGUACAAGGGCGUCAUCCCCGCCAGCGUCUUCCAAAAUGGCGAGCCCGAGACCGUCCCCGACGACACCGCCGUGUCCAACAGGAGCCCCGCGGACACUGCUGCUGCCGAUUCCUCCGCAGCGCCGACCAAGGAAACCGGCCGCCGCUGCACCACGAUCCUCGUCAAGGCCACCGACGAGGUGUACAACUGCCAGCCAGAGAGCCACGCCGCAACGUGGAAUUUCCGCGGCAACCUGGCCAAUGCCUGGCAUCGCGUGCAAGUGUGCAGUGAGUGUGCGCCUGGUCAGAAGAAGGAGUAG